GCUACUUGCCCAUCCUUUGUCAAGGAGGACAGCAUCCGCGAUCACGAUUUCGAGCACUUUUCCACCAUUCAAUUUGACAUCUCACACGGCGUUUCACUGGCACCACGCAAGCCACCUAGCCUGAGCCAGCUAUCAAGUAUCUAUCUGGACACGACACAGCAUGAACCGUCCUCUGCACUUCCCACCGGAAAUUCUUCAUGCCAUACUGGCAGAUGUUGUGGCCCAGUUCCUGCAGGAUCUCUUCUCCUUCAGCUUCAUCGACUGGGAUUCUGGUCAAAAAUGUCUCGCGUCCAAUCCAAUUCCUGCGUUGCUACAAGUUGGUCAUCAAUAUAGAGAGGUCACGUUUACUGUUUUACACGAUGCCCUUGCGAUCAAGCGGGAAUUGAACGGCUGUCUUCCUAUGGAUGCAUGGAGAGAGACAGAGUACGUGAUGAGAGCUCUGUCGCUAUCGCGGUGCGGCACCUCAGCCCAAUACGAUGAGCACGUCGCCACGGCUCAGAGGUGCUCAUCUAAAUUACUGCAAGCAUAUUUAGAAGUGGGAACCAUGGAGGGUAGGGUCCGAGCCGUGGCCAGAAGUCACGUCACGAGUUUCGCGCCUAUCAUACAGGCGGCGAACAUUCUUGAACAUGUUGCCGUAUAUAUGGCUUCAUUCCUCAAUAUCAAGCACGACGCAUUCUGCAUGUCCGCCGCUCCAUUUCUGAUGACUGCAACUACGAGAAGCAUAAUUCUGCUUUAUCUUACCUUCUCUAGAUUCACUAUAAUCAAUCAGCUGCAAAAGCUGGAGCGGCUUGGCGAGCAGAUCAACAAUGAUAUACUCCAGGAUGCUACUGGGGCCAUUGCAAGCGGCUUGGAGCCAUUUCUGUAUCGGGCUCCACACCUGGGGCAUAACCUCACAAUCCUGGAUGCAGUCCCCGAUUUGAAUACUAGAGAAAAAGAUAUCAGGAUCGCCUGCUUGAGAACGAUUCCGGCGCUAUGGAGUCUACUCGAUAACCAGCGACUUUCCGUUGAACGUAGUCAUUUGGACGCUGCCAACGAGCUGUUGAAAAGAUUGCGCCUGAUGGUGCUCUCGGAGUGUGCUCCUCUGACUUGUUCGGCACCAACGCUAAGGAGAAUCUGCUCGCAACCAGAUCUCUCCAAGAGUUUGCAGACAAAAAGGCCGCGGGAUCAAAGCGUACUCCUCUGAAUGAGCGCAUAUCUCGAGCGCGUGCCUGGCUCGCAUGUGAUACAUGGUUGUGACCACCAUUGUUCUAAGGUGGAGGAGCUUGCUCAGGAGAUCAUGUAAUAUUAAAAUAUUGCAGACAACGUACAGAGUCAGGACCAAAAGAAAUAGCACAAGUCCAUAUUACCACCGCGGAUGACAAUCUCCCCCGUCCCAAACCCAGACACUAGCCUCGUCACCCACAAUCAUCUUUUUUUCGCU